CUGCGCACGCCGCUCCAAACAAUGUCCAAACGCUUCCAUUGGAGUCCGGGCCAUCGCUCUUUGACAUCUGAUUCCUACGAUCCGACUAUUUACACACUCGGGCGUGUCGGCCCGCAUAAUGUCGUGAUUGCUUGCCUUCCAGCGGGCAACACUGGAACUUCAGCCGCAACUGCUGUUGCAGGACGCAUGCGGCAUAAGUUCCGCUCCCUCCAGUUUGGAUUCAUGGUUGGAAUAGGGGGCGGUGUCCCUAGUGCUAGGGACGACAUUAGGUUAGGGGAUGUUGUAGUGUCUCGACCCGAUCUCGAGCAUGGAGGAGUGGUUCAAUACGACUUCGGCAAGGCAGAACAGGGCGGACGUUUUCAUCGAACAGGUCACCUGAAUCAGUCACCUACGCUCCUUCUAAACGUGAUCAACGGAGUUCAGAGAGACUACGAACUCGGCCAACAAACCUACAGCAUCCACAUGCAGCGAUACCUCGAGGAUGAGAACUUGGAAGAAUUCACUCGUCCGACCACCGAGCCCGACCUGCUUUUCAAGGCCACAUAUCCACACAUCGACUCUCUCAACUGCAGUGACUGCGACACGUCCCAAACCAUUUUCCGACCUCUACGCAACACCAAAAUCGCCAGCACAAGAAUUCACUAUGGCACCAUAGCGUCAGGCAACCAAGUGAUCAAAGACGCCGCCACCCGCGAUCGUAUCGUUAGAGAUCUAGGUGGCCGUAUCUUAUGUUUCGAGAUGGAAGCUGCAGGAUUGAUGAAUGAUUUUCCCUGCCUGGUGGUCAGAGGUGUAAGCGAUUAUUGUGAUUCGCAUAAAUGUGAUCGAUGGCAGAGGUAUGCGGCUGCCAGUGCGGCGGCGUACACGAGAGAACUGCUGUUGUUGAUGCCAUCGGAUGAGGUGGCCGGUCAAACGUGAUGUCAGGGCGUCAUCUGGAAUCGCAGAGUCGAGGAUGAUGACUCGAUAUUCUUGAUUUCUCGUAGGAAAAACAUGAAAGAACAUAUCUUGAUAGACUCAAGAGUGGCGUUGACUUGUGCUUCUUUUCUG